AUGAUCCCACAAAUCGUGACCAAUGAGACUGUCACAGUGAUUUCAACAAAUGGAGUUGACUUUCCCCAAACAGACAAACCCCAGCCUGCCCAGCAGAAGCAAGACAGCCUGAAGAAAUAUCUAAAGGCAGAAAUCAAAGUGAUGGCGGCGAUCCAGAUCAUGUGUGGUGUGAUGGUGUUGUGUCUGGGCAUCAUUUUGGCAUCUACUCCAAACACCAUACACUUUACCCCAGUGUUUUCUCUCCUGUUAAAAUCUGGCUACCCAUUUGUAGGAUCCUUGUUUGUAAGUAGAGAUUUGUGUGGAGCAAGAUGGAGAACAGAGGAGGGAGCUAUCACCUAGCUCAGUUUCUGUCUACUGUGA